AUUUGGGGCUUUUCUAACAGUUACUGGGAGUUGAGGAAGCGCCAUCCCAAACURAAGAAGCUGAAGAAACUUCUGAUGGAGAAUCCGUACGAGGGGCCAUGUGUCAGUGGCAGGAGGAUACCUGCUUGAUAAAACGUUUCCUUUUGGCAGUACACUAUGGGAGACCUGCUUGAAAGAAUCCAAGCAAGUGAGGAGGAACUGGAGGCCCAGCUACAGACUAUUCAUGCCUGUGAGGUCAACGGCUACUGGAGGCUGUUGGAUUUUGACUAUGAGAUGAGGCUACUGGGUCACAUCACUCAGCUGGUGGACUCUGAGUCCUGGUCCUUCAGUAAAGUCCCUCUUCGUGUCAGUCUGGAGGAGUUAGGACGUCUGGAGCCACAGGAGAUGAUAGAGCACAGCUUGAACUGUUAUGGAAGGCGCUACACGGACAACGAUGAGGUGUUCUUUGCGCUGAACGAGGACAAGGUGUGCAGAGCCACAGCUCAGAUGCUGCUGCAGAACGCGGUGAAGUUCAACCUGGCAGAGUUCCAGGAGGUGUGGCAGCAAAGUGUCCCAGAGGGCAUGGGCACUAGACUGGACCAGCUGAAGAGUCUAGCCCUUGUGGACCGCAGCUCCAAACCAGAGACCAUAUUUCUGCUGAGAGUGGAAGAUCUUCCCGAGGACACACUGGAGAGAUUCACCCAUCUCUUCACCAUGAGAGAGAAGUGGACRGAGGAGGACAUCACCCCUUACAUACAGGACUUGUGUGGAGAAAAGCAAACGACUGGAGCUCUUCUGACCAAAUACGCUCGUUUGUCCACGCAAAAUGGAAUUAAAGUCUUCAAUUCAAGAAGGACAGUGGCAACAUGAAGACGAUUGGAUAUCUUAAUUGACCAGCAAAGUUGUUUGGAAUCAGUGUAUUGUUGUAUUUGUUAAAAUGUUGUAAUAAAAAUCUAAUGUUUUUGUAAUUAUUA